UGCCUGUACCUCAACUGUCCUAAAUUGAGAAAUUGAAAUCCUAGGUUUUGUAAUCGUACCCACUGGGCAAUGUCGAAGAAGAACGAUUUAGGUCGGAGAAAAAGGCUGUAUGAUUUCGAUCUUAAAAGAGAAAAAGAAGCCAAGGAAAAGAGAGAAAAGAAGCUAAAUGCGAAGAAAAAUAAGAUGAAAGUUGAUGGUAGCAGCAGUAAGAAGAAGGGUGGGAAUGGAUUUCAAGUAGGAAAGAAAAACUUGAAAACGAGGAUCACACCAUUUGCCAAAGCUAAAGCUGCCCAAGCCAUGGAGGUCGACAAGUAAGGUUACCGUGGGAAUUGAAUUAAUUGACUCCAACAGAAAAAAGGAAAUUUUGUCGAAUCUCAUAGAUUGUAGCUUAGUAAUCUGGAAUGUUUGCACACUUCCUUCAUCUAUCAUUGAUGCUUUUUGUGUUCUUAAAUUUUGGAUUGUCCCGCUUAUGUGGGAACAUUGUGUAGAUAUUCUUGGGUGUCCCAUAGUUGAGGGAACUCUACAAAAGGGAUUAUGACUUGUAGUUGACUGUGCGAAUCUGGUUGAGAGUGCAGGAAUAGUGUGACCUUAUGUUUAUGUCUUA